ACAGACCGCCAUGAGACUCUAAACAACAACAAGACUCUCUGUCUCGGAUAACUCUCGUUGGGACUCGGUGAGACUCGGAUAACUCUCGGUGGGACUCGGUGAGACUCGGAUAACUCUCGGUGAGACUCGGAUAACUCUCGGUGAGACUCGGAUAACUCUCGUUGGGACUCGGUGAGACUCGGAUAACUCUCGGUGAGACUCGGAUAACUCUCGUUGGGACUCGGUGAGACUCUGAUAACUCUCUCUGUGACUCGUUGGGACUCUGAUAACUCUCUCUGUGACUCGUUGGGACUCUGAUAACUCUCUCUGUGACUCGUUGGGACUCUGAUAACUCUCUCUGUGACUCGGUGAGACUCUGAUAACUCUCGGUGAGACUCUGAUAACUCUCGCUGUGACUCGUUGGGACUCUGAUAACUCUCUCUGUGACUCGUUGGGACUCUGAUAACUCUCUCUGUGACUCGGUGAGACUCUGAUAACUCUCGGUGAGACUCUGAUAACUCUCGCUGUGACUCGUUGGGACUCUGAUAACUCUCUCUGUGACUCGUUGGGACUCUGAUAACUCUCUCUGUGACUCGGUGAGACUCUGAUAACUCUCGGUGAGACUCUGAUAACUCUCGCUGUGACUCGUUGGGACUCUGAUAACUCUCUCUGUGACUCGUUGGGACUCUGAUAACUCUCUCUGUGACUCGUUGGGACUCUGAUAACUCUCGCUGUGACUCGUUGGGACUCUGAUAACUCUCUCUGUGACUCGUUGGGACUCUGAUAACUCUCGCUGUGACUCGUUGGGACUCUGAUAACUCUCUCUGUGACUCGUUGGGACUCUGAUAACUCUCGCUGUGACUCGUUGGGACUCUGAUAACUCUCUCUGUGACUCGUUGGGACUCUGAUAACACUCGGUGGGACUCAGCAUGUCCUCGGCGGGGAGAUGGACAUGGAGCAGCUGGAGCUGAACCCGAGAAUCAGAGCAGCCGUGAGGAGAGCUAAGUUGCGGUCUGUCAGGGACGUGUUGUCUUGCGGUCAGGACCUGCACACGCUCGGUCUGUCUCGCUCUGAUGUCCAGCAGCUGCUCAGAGCCGCCGCCAACGCCUGCAGACGACAUCGUCCAAUCACAGCCCUCCUGCUCCAUGAUGACCCCUCCUCUCUCAGACUCAGUGUGGGGUGUGCGGUCCUCGAUGAGCUGUUGAGGGGCGGUCUUCCUGUGGGGGGCGUCACUGAGCUGUCAGGAGAGAGCGGAGCGGGGAAGACUCAGCUGGCUCUGCAGCUCUGCCUGUCAGUACAGUACCCUGUCCAGCAGGGGGGGCUGGACUCAGGAGCCGUGUUUAUCUGCACCGAGGACUCGUUUCCAAGUCGUCGCCUGCAGCAGCUGAUCAGAGAGCAGUCGAGUCUGCGCUCAGACGUCCCCGAGUCUCUGAUCAACUCCAUCGAGUUCAGCAACAACGUGUACAUCGAGCACGCCGCCGACCUGGACUCUCUCCAGGAGUGUGUGACUCACCGGGUGCCCCUCCUGCUGACUCGGGGUCUGGUUCGCCUCGUGAUCGUAGACUCUGUGGCGGCUCUGUUCAGGUGUGAGUUCCAGCCAUCUGAUUGGCUGGAGAGGAACAAACAGCUGAUCAGCUUCUCCUCCAAACUUCAUCAGCUGAGCCAGGAGCACAACACACCUGUGCUGUGUGUCAACCAGGUGACGGAUGUGUUCAGCGGCUCAGACGACACUUUGGGCCCUCUGUCCUCCAGCGUGUCUCCAGCUCUCGGUCUGGCCUGGGCCAAUCAGGUGAUGGUUCGAUUGAUGCUGCGGCGUCUCCAGGGGAGCGUUUCUCAGGGCGAUCAGCACAGCGCCCUCCGCAGGCUGGAGGUGGUGUUUGCUCCUCACCUGGCCCGAGACGGACGAGACGCAGCGGUCUGGAGAGAAGGGGUCCGAGGGGUCCAGACUUAAGACAAAUGUCUCUCCAGAUGACGCCUGUGUCUAUAUUUUUUUUAACUUGUACAUAAUAAAGAAACGAUAUUAAAGUUUGACUUUUGAUAAAAAAUGUCUCUGAACACGACACUGAGCUGAAAGAUUCUUUAUUGAAGAGUAAAAACUGAUCAAAGGUUUAAUAUGUGUUUAUAUAUCUGAGUAAAUAUACUCUGAACUAUU